AUGGCCCAAGGUAAGAUUUUAAUAACUAUUUGCAAUGUUUUAUUUGCAAUGUUUUAUUGAAUGUGUUGUAUCUCUGCAAAUCUUCUUCUCAAGUCUGUGCAGCGCCUUAUUGAACAUUUGAACAUAACUGUGAAUUACAUUUUGAGUUUCAUCAACAGUAAAACAACGAAUGCAAACUUGCAUCAUGGUCUACAAUGUAGACAGUGGCAGAUAAUUUAAAAUAGCUUAUCAUGUUAUGUUAUUGCUUCCAAAAAUAAAUAAUUCCUCCCAGGACUGACCCAUAUGCCAGAAUCUUUAUCUAAAUAUUUGAAGCAUUUACAGAAUUGUAAUAUUGCCUCAAAACUAAACUAAACUAAACAGCAAAGUGAAACCUGAUCCAUCACUUCGCUAUGGACCAGGGUUUCCCAAAGUCGGUCCUGGGGACCCCCUGGGUGCACGUUUUGGUUUUUGCCCUAGCACUACACAGCUGAUCCAACUCAUCAUCAAGCUUUGAUUAUUUGAAUCAGCAGCUGUGUAGUGCUAGGGCAAAAACCGAGUUUGGGAAACCCUACUAUGGACAAAUGAUGGCAAAUAACUUACCGGUAGCUGGAUUCUUUUACGCAUGCUACAUUAGGUUAGGUUGCCAUUAAUGACCUUGUCCAGGGGUGUCAAACUAAUUUUGCCCGGGGGCCGCAUUCAGUCUUCAACAAGCACCAACAAUGUCUUAUAUUUCUUCGCCAUCAAAAUUAGCCAAAAAUAGCAAUCUGUCCAUUGUUUUUGAAAAAUGUUUAGCUUUCAUUUCGGUGAUUAUCAGCGAGCUGGACACAGGCAAGAAAAUCUAUGAAUGUAGGUCCAUUAUCAUUUCUACAAAGUUUCAAUUUGGUUUUAGUCAUUUUAAAGUGUAUUGAGUUUUUUUUUAUCCCCACCCAAAAAAUAUCCCCCCUACCCUCCAAAAAAUAAUACAUAAAUAAAUAAAUAUAUAUAUAUAUAUAUAUACACUACAUGACCAAAAGUAUGUGGACACCUGCUCUUCGAACAUCUCAUUCCAAAGUCAUGGGCAUUAAUAUGGAGUUGGUCCCCCCUUUGCUGCUAUAACAGCCUCCAAUCUUCUGGGAAGGCUUUCCACUAGAUGUUGGAACAUUGCUGUGGGGACUUGCUUCCAUUCAGCCACGAGCAUUAGUGAGGUCGGCCACUGAUGUUGGGCAAUUAGGCCUGGCUCGCAGUCGGCGUUCCAAAGUUGUUCGAUGGGGUUGAGGACAGGGCUCUGUGCAGGCCAGUCAAGUUCUUCAACACCAAUCUCGACAAACCAUUUCUGUGUGGUCCUCGCUUUUUGAACGGGGGCAUUGUCAUGCUGAAACAGGAAAGGGCCUUUCCCACACUGUUGCCACAAAGUUAGGAGCACAGAAUCGUCUAGAAAUACCUGGCAUCCGCCAAGCCCACAUUCGUCUGUCGGACUGCCAGAUGGUGAAGCGUGAUUCAUCACUCCAGAGAAUGCGUUUUCACUGCUCCAGAGUCCAAUGGCGGCGUGCUUUACACCACUCCAGCCGACGCUUGGCAUUGGUCAUGGUGAUCUUAGGCUUGUGUGUGACUGCUCGGCCAUGGAAACCCAUUUCAUGAAGCUCCCGAUGAACAGUUCUUGUGCUGACGUUGCUUCCAGAGGCUGUUUGGAACUCAGUAGUGAGUGUUGAAAAUGAGGACAAACCAUUUUUACGCGCUACGCGCUUCAGCACUCUGCCGUCCCGUUCUGUAAGCUUGUGUGGCCUACCACUUCGUGGCUGAACCGUUGUUACUCCUAGAUGUUUCCACUUCACAAUAACAGCCCUUACAGUUACCGGGGCAGCUCUUGCAGGGCAGAAAUUUGACAAACUGACUUGUUGGAAAGGUGGUAUCCUAUGACGGUGCCAUGUUUAAAGUCACUGAGCUCUUCAGUAAGGCCAUUCUACUGCCAAUGUUUGUCUAUGAAGAUUUCAUGGCUGUGUGCUCGAUUUUCUACACCUGUCUGGAACGGGUGGGGCUGAAAUAGCUGAAUCCACUAAUUUGAAAGGGAGUUCACAUACUUUUGGUGCUUCUACAAAGUAUUGACUCAGGGGUGUGAAUACUUAUGUAAAUGAGAUCUUUCUGUAUUUCCUUUUCAAUACAUUUGCAAAAAUGUAUAAAAACAUAUUUUAACUUUGUCAUAAUGGGGCAUUGUGUGUAGAUGGGUGAGAAAAAAAUCAAUUUAAUCAAUUUUGAAUUCAGGCUGUAACACAACAAAAUGUUUAAUAAAUCAAGUGGAUUCAGUCAAACCUGCAAAACGGCUCAUGUAAACCAGGGGCGAAAAAAUAAAAGGUUCAACUCAGAUAGUCCAUGUAGCCUAACCUUUUCAACCUGAGUGGGAAGAGGAGCUGUAGCGCCUUCUCCAUGACUGUGCGUGUGUGUGGACCAUUUCACGUCCUUAGUGAUUUGGACACAGAGGAAGUUGAAGCUCUAGACCCGCUCCUCACCAUUGUAGUGUUGUCUCCCACCUUGUCAGUUAUGUUUCGUAGAAAAACCAUAAGCUUUAGCCUAGUCGUACCUUAUCUUCAAUGCAUCUAAAGAAUGUGUUUGAGAGGGAGUUAACUGUUGCUAAGGGACCUUUGGGCUUUUAAUAGCAGACAGCAGCUGUAGCUGCAACCAGAAACUGUGCCGAACCUAAUUUGUCCUUGGAAUGGUUUUGCAAAGCCCCUUUGAACCCAUUCAAACCUUUUACACCGGACAGGAGCCUGACCCAACCUAUCAAUACAUGAACGCUAGUAGUACUAAAAUAUUAGCAAAUGUGUUUGUUCAAAAAAACAUAUUUGUUUGAUGCAUAGACUUUUUAUUAGAAUUGCGUAUCAAUGCAAUAGAUACAUUUACUUCUCUAUUAUUGUUCAGAAUCCCUACUGUAACUAACCAGAUAAUGUGUUUAGGAGGCCGAAUGCAUGAUUUAGAGACAAUUUCCACUGACUCUCCACACAUCCAUCCCUUACAUACACGCACAUGCACACACACACACAUUAACACAAGUACACAAGCACGCACACACACAUACACUAUUUUUAUACUAUUUAUUCAACUGCACGACCAAGACACUAUUCCCUUUUAUUUUUAAAACAUACUUGACAUAGCUCACUCAUAAUUUAUGCUGUACAGUGGGGGGGGGGGAAGUAUUUAGUCAGCCACCAAUUGUGCAAGUUCUCCCACUUAAAAAGAUGAGAGGCCUGUAAUUUUCAUCAUAGGUACACGUCAACUAUGACAGACAAAAUGAGAAAAAAAAAUCCAGAAAAUCACUUUGUAGGAUUUUUAAUGAAUUUAUUUGCAAAUUAUGGUGGAAAAUAAGUAUUUGGUCAAUAACAAAAGUUUCUCAAUACUUUGUUAUAUACCCUUUGUUGGCAAUGACACAGGUCAAACGUUUUCUGUAAGUCUUCACAAGGUUUUCACACACUGUUGCUGGUAUUUUGGCCCAUUCCUCCAUGCAGAUCUCCUCUAGAGCAGUGAUGUUUUGGGGCUGUCGCUGGGCAACACGGACUUUCAACUCCCUCCAAAGAUUUUCUAUGGGGUUGAGAUCUGGAGACUGGCUAGGCCACUCCAGGACCUUGAAAUGCUUCUUACGAAGCCACUCCUUCGUUGCCCGGGCGGUGUGUUUGGGAUCAUUGUCAUGCUGAAAGACCCAGCCACGUUUCAUCUUCAAUGCCCUUGCUGAUGGAAGGAGGUUGUGUAAUCUCACGAUACAUGACCCCAUUCAUUCUUUCCUUUACACGGAUCCGUCUUCCUGGUCCCUUUGCAGAAAAACAGCCCCAAAGCAUGAUAUUUCCACCCCCAUGCUUCACAGUAGGUAUGGUGUUAUUUGGAUGCAACUCAGCAUUCUUUGUCCUCCAAACACGACGAGUUGAGUUUUUAACCAAAAAGUUCUAUUUUGGUUUCAUCUGACCAUAUGACAUUCUCCCAAUCCUCUUCUGGAUCAUCCAAAUGCACUCUAGCAAACUUCAGACGGGCCUGGACAUGUACUGGCUUAAGCAGGGGGACACGUCUGGCACUGCAGGAUUUGAGUCCCUGGCGGCGUAGUGUGUUACUGAUGGUAGGCUUUGUUACUUUGGUCCCAGCUCUCUGCAGGUCAUUCACUAGGUCCCCCCGUGUGGUUCUGGGAUUUUUGCUCACCGUUCUUGUGAUCAUUUUGACCCCACGGGGUGAGAUCUAGCGUGGGGCCCCAGAUCGAGGGAGAUUAUCAGUGGUCUUGUAUGUCUUCCAUUUCCUAAUAAUUGCUCCCACAGUUGAUUUCUUCAAACCAAGCUGCUUACCUAUUGCAGAUUCAGUCUUCCCAGCCUGGUGCAGGUCUACAAAUUUGUUCCUGGUGUCCUUUGACAGCUCUUGGCCAUAGUGGAGUUUGGAGUGUGACUGUUUGAGGUUGUGGACAGGUGUCUUUUAUACUGAUAACAAGUUCAAACAGGUGCCAUUAAUACAGGUAACGAGUGGAGGACAGAGGAGCCUCUUAAAUGAAGAAGUUACAGGUCUGUGAGAGCCAGAAAUCUUGCUUGUUGUUAGGUGACCAAUACUUAUUUUCCACCAUAAUUUGCAAAUAAAUUCAUAAAAAAAUCCUACAAUGUGAUUUUUCUGGAUUUUUUUUCCUCAAUUUGUCUGUUAUAGUUGACGUGUACCUAUGAUGAAAAUUACAGGCCUCUCUCAUCUUUUGAAGUGGGAGAACUUGCACAAUUGGUGGCUGACUAAAUAAAAAAUGUUCCCCACUGUAUAUGCUAUUGUUUGAGAGAGAGAGAGAGAGAGAAGAGGAGAGAGAGAGAGGAGAGAGAGAGAGAGAUAGAGAGAGAGAGAGAGAUAGAGAGAGCAGUAGAUAGAUCGCGAGAGGAGAGAGAGAGACGUAGAGAGAGCGAGAGAGAUAGAAGCGUAGAGCGGAGAGAAUCUAUCUCGCUCUACGCUCUUAUCUGCUAUCUCUCUCUUUCUCUCUCUCUCUCUCUCUCUCCUCUCUCGCUCUCUCUCUCUCUCUCUACUCUCCUUCUCUCUCUCUCUCUCUCUCUCUAGAGCGCUCUUGCGGCUUCAUUCAUGACUAGGCUGGAUAGGUUGCUCUUAAUAGCUGAGAGAACGUAUGUCUUUUUCCUGGGAUUUACUGUACCUGCUUCUGUGCAAUUUUCCCUGACUAGGAUCUUUCAUUGCCGCAACCUUAUUGGGUUUAUUUUGGCCCUGAAGUUCUGCUAGGCCUAUAACAGGACCCUUGAUGUUGUGUUGUUCAAGUUUGGUAGACUGGAAGCAAAACAAGGGAGUGUAAGCCUAGGGUGAUGGCAUUGUGGAGAUGGUGACCUCAUGGUAGUAGCCUGCUCAAUGGGGGCAUGUGAUCACAUAAAUGGGAACACACAUCCCCUACACACAUAGCUCACCUUGAUCUCUGUCCAUUAAUACAUUUUUGCACUAUUCAUGUUAGUGACAGACUGUAAUACAUUGCUGUCUUUCCAGUGCAAUAGAACAAAGCAAAACAACAAUAACUACACCUUAAUUACAGAAACUUUUCCAUUUAAAUUCAGACUCCACUUUUCUUACAUCAGCUUUCAUUCCACAAUGUGAGAGUGGUUAAUAAAAAUGUAUUUUAUUUGAUACCAACAGUGUAAUACGAGACUGAAAUGCAGCAAUAACUAGACUUUACCAUUACAUUGAUUGAGCCUGCGUUGUUUGGCCUGUGUUGUCGAAAACAACGUUUUGGUUGUUUAUCUGCUAUCAAUCUGCCUAAUGGUCUCCAGAUUCUAGGUUUAAAGUCCUGUUGCCUCUAGCUGUGCAAAAGCACAAGUUCCCAGCCACUUUAUGACUGAGUAAAAUAGGCUUAUUGCCAACUUUAUUUAUCUUCAGGAUGAAAGAGUUGGACUGGAGACUGGAGUUUGUCUCCUUUGAAAGACCACUUUUCUUCAACUACAAGGUGUAAAACACAUGCACAAUUCCCCACGGUUGGUCAAAUGUAAAAGAUACACUAUUCAGAUGGUCCUACAGAAACUGAUUUGUCAUAUAUGUAGUCAGGGUUGGGUUGGUUACUUUUUAAAUGUAAUCUGUUAGUUACUAGUUACCUGUCCAAAAUUGUAAUCAGUAAUGUAACUUUUGGAUUACCCAAACUCAUUAACAUAAUCGGAUUACUUUAAAUUACCUUUGGAUUACUUUUCCCUUAAGAGGCAUUAGAAGAAGACAGUCAGUGUUUGUUGUUAUGUGCACUCUUAGAAAAAAAGGUGCCGUCUAGAACCAAUAAAGGUUUGUCGGCUGUCCCAUAGGAGAACCCUUUGAAAACCCUGUUGGUUCCAGGUAGAACCCUUUGUGUUCCAUGUAGAACCCUUUCAGGAACCGAAAAAGGUUCUACCUGGAACCAAAAAGGGUUCUCCUAUUGGGACAGCCGAAGAACCCUUUUGGAACCCUUUUUUUCCAGGAGUUUGGGCAUAACCUUUGUCACCUCACAUUUAGUUUUCAUGUCAUUUUCUCCUGCCAGGAUUAUUUAACAACAACCAGUCUUGUCUUAAAGAAGCAGGAUGACUGUAAAUAGGAAAUCAGAGGGUGGGAUCUUAUUCACAUACCGAGUCCUGGGGAGAAGGAGGAGUACAGUAUUUACUUGCAGGGAGUGACAGAACACUAACUCAUUCAUGUUUUCUUGUUUUCGCUCUUGUGAAAUACUUCCCUUCUUUAAAUGAAUCAAUGAAAGGGUUCAAGUCUGUGUCUAAAUGGGUUGGUGUAGUAUUCACCCGCUAGUGGUACUUGAGUAAAUAUAGUUACCAAGAUAGUUAUUUGCAAAGCAGCAUUUCCUGUCUGACUUUUAAUGCAAUACAAGUCUUUCUGUUACACAACAGGUAAAGUGUUUCUCUUUCCACUCAAUAACAGGAAGAGAACUCUUACAGUAAGUUUAAAUUACAAUGAAAGUCCUUGGAUUCAAGCCUGCUGCCAGAGAUAAGCUGGAAAAGGGUCUGAAAAUGUCUGGAAAAACAAUUUGCAGCAGUCUUUUAACCAUUUGUCUGUGGCCUAUUUACCAAAAAUGAAUUCAGACACUCUUAAUGAUUUAGCCAUGCAUACGUUUUAUUGUAUAGGCUACACACUUAUUAAUAGGAUUUCAUGUGGCCUCUUUACUAUACCAUAAUGUAUGUACAUUUUCUCAAAAUCUAAAACUGCUAAAGCAGUCAUUUUGACAGCUCAUGAAUUUAAAAAAAUGUAUUACCCCCUCCGUCCUUGACACUUGGCACUUAAAAUGAUGUUUAGGCUACGGUCUUGCUGACCGUCCGUCUUUGUGGUUGGGGUAUUUUAUUUAUUUUGUUGUUAUAAAAAUAAGCUGUUGCUGUGUUCCAACACAUAUGCCUUGUGUGUCAUAGUUGUAACAAAGGCAUUCCCCAAAUCAAAUUCAUUGAACAUAUGAAAUGUUGUGUUUUUUUGUUUUUACAUACAGUAUAUCCUACAGUAACAUAAACUAAUGAAAAUACUAUGGUGUUCUAAAAAUAUAUAUAUUGUAUUCUAAUGUUUCCUAAGACCUUCAUAAACACAACCAAAUUAUUAUUUUUGCAAUAGCAUAUGAAAUGUAUUAAUUACAAUGUUAGAAUGUUGCAGUCAGCACGACUGCUCGUUAGCUUGAGGCCCAGUGGUUGUAGUGUUAACAGACAUUUAGCAGACACUCUUUCUGCAAAAGCACACAGUCAAAGAGCUGGACAGCUAGCUUAAAAACAAGAAACUCUCUCUUCAGAGGUCAGUAGAAUACUUCAUUGUAGUGCUAAAAAUAAAAUGAAGUACCAGUAUUGAAACGCUACAAUACAAUGUAAAGCAACUAUUAUAGACAUUUCCAAAGUAGUAGUGCCAUUGGCGGUGAGAGGAAGGGGUGGUCUUCUUGGAAGGGACCAGCGUUUAGAGUUGGGAAGCCAGUUUGAAGAAGCCUACCUAAAAACAGUUAUAGACACAAUUGUCUUAAAAGCAAUGGGGGUGUUUGGUCCACCACUGAGGCACCAUAAAAAGAGAAGACUAUCUAUCAAAUCGAUGAAAUCAUAUUUGACCUUACUAUACUGAAGACUGGACUGACACCCCCAAAGAGCAAACAGAGGAACUGUAGAUCAGGAUUCUAUUCCCUUGUAACUGGCUGGGUAGAUGUUUAGAGGUCAAUCCUGAGGUAAUUCUACUCACUAUGUCCUUUCUCUCUCUCAUCCAUCUCCCAGCACUGGACAUUGCCCGAUGGGACCUGGAGUGUGAGUUCAACAACACAGACCACCGCACGGAGCUCAACGGGGUGGAGCGCCUUAUCGUGAGAAGGGGCCAGCCGUUCACCAUCAACCUGCACCUCCGCUCAGGCGACUACCAGCCUGGUGGCAGUGCCCUCGACCUCGCCGUAGAGACCGGUACUGUGUUAUCCCUGGGUUGUCGACUAAUCAAUUCAAUGUGAAAGGCACUAGAUAAAUGUUGUUUAAUUUUUAUUAAAUCCUAUAGGUUAAUCUUAAUUAAAACAUAAGAUCAUUUCAGUGUUUCCCCUAGAUAUUUCCAAAGGCAGGAUGCAAAUGGUCCCAAAAGCAACAUCUACGGUUCCUGACAACAGAAACCGAAGCCUGGGCAGGGUAAGUAAUUGUAGAGGAGGCAGGGUAGAGUGUCAGCUAUCUAACUGUUCUGUAAGAGUCAAUAGUGUUAUCACUGGUAAUUGGAGCAGGAUCAAAUAGUUUCCCUUUCCUCUAAACAACAUUAGACCUCAACAUUAGCUUUUCUUCCUCCCUAUCGCUUUUGGAGAAAAUAAACAACAUUGGAGAAAAUAAACAAGUUCCUAAUGCCAAUAGAAACACACAAUUAGGCAUUGUCGUGGUACCUUUAACAUUUCCUGGCAGACACGACCCAGUAAAAGAAUGCUUUCCAUUAUCUGCUCAAAAAUUUUAACAGAAACCCAGUCCCAAAAUCUUUCCCAUGAGGACUUUGUCACGAUCGUUGACUGAAGACACGGACCAAGGCGCAGCGUGAUAAGCGUACAUACUUUAAUUGUACUUACACUAACAAAAAACAACAAACACACAAUACGUGAAGUCCUAGGUUAUACACAACAAACCAAACGGAACAAGAUCCCACCAACUAACUGGUGCCAACAGGCUGCCUAAGUAUGGUCCCCAAUCAGAGACAACGAGCUACAGCUGCCUCUGAUUGGGAACCACCCUGGCCAACAUAGAUCUAAACGAUCUAGAACAAAAACAUAGAAAACUAAACAUAGAAAAAUCCACACCCUGGCUCAACAUUUAAGAGUCCCCAGAGCCAGGGCGUGACAGACUUAUUGAAUAGCUCAAGUGAAUACCUGCUUAAAUUCUUCCUUGAUUGAAAGAAAACACAGUCUAUUGGGCUAUGACCGAUAAAUCUCAAGUCUAAAUCUUAACUUCCCUGCAAGUUUGAAAAUACCUCAUGCAUGUGCUGCUGCAUAGUGUGUAACACUAUAACAACAGACUCUGCGCUCUAUUUUUCUAUUGUUUUAACCCCCUAAAAUCUAAGGCAUGUUUUGCCAUUUGUCUCUACCUUGACAUUUUGGCUUCUACAUUGUGAUCUAAAAAGUGAUAAGGAGGAAGAAAAGCUGAUGUUGAGGUCUAAUGUUGUUUCAAGGAAAGGGAAACUGUUUUAGCCUGCUCCAAUUUUCAGUGAUAACACUAUUGACUCUUGCAGAAUAGUUAGCUGACACUCUACCCUGCCUCCUCUACCAUUACUCAACCUGCCCAGUCUUCGGUUCUGUUUGUCAGGAACCGUAGAUGUUGUGUUUGGGACCCUUUGUGUCCCGCCUUUGGAAAUAUCUAAGGGAAAACACUGAAAUGAUCUGGUGUUUUAAUUAAGAUUGUGUCAGAUGUAAGUUACAGUGUCAUAAGAGGGGUGGAGUGCCCAUUGUACAGACCACCGCAGUUUCUACAGUAUCCAACGGUUUGAGAACAGGAAGAGGAUCACGCCACAGGAAAGCAUAUGUCCUAUCAAAGAUAAUGGUAUCACCGUGAAAGUUCAACUAUUUUUUAAUGGGCUGUAAUAUAAACGUUAAUACACAGAACAGCCAAGGGAGGAAUCUAACUUGGUUCAGCCCUCUGCUGAAAGCAAAGGAGUUAAAAGGGGUGACUCUGGCGUUAUGCCCAGUCUGAACACAAUGGAAUUUCAGUUCAGGCAGUUUAUCUGCCCUCCGAUCUUAACGGAGGUCACUGAAGGAAGCUGAGUUUCCAUCGUAUUUGAUCCCUGUGGAAUUGUCCACCAUUUUACAAUGUUCUCCGCUGAAGGGUUUGGGAAUAGUAUGUGAAUUGUACAAUCAGAAUUUUUAAAAUGUUUCAUGUGUGACCUGAAAGCAUCUGUGUGCUUCAUAUUUUUCAUGAUACAGUAAAGAACCUAAUUCUUAUAAAGGACAGCAACUUCUGUCGAGGUCAUGAUUACUGUCGAGGCCUAUUUAAAACCCCACUUUAGACUAUUGAGAUCCGUUGACACAGAUCUCAUGACAAAGAAUGACAGAAUAGCUAUGGGCAAUAUUACUUUCCCUCCAAUGGUAAAAAGUAGGCAAGUUAUAGUGUUUUACAUCAUCCCUAGCCAAGCGUUCCAUCGUUAACCCUUUCUCUUCUUCAUGUCCUCUUCUAGGUCCCCAGCCCUCUGACCAGUAUGGUACACAGGCCUCCUUUGGGCUGACCGACCAAAUCAACACCUCCCGCUGGAGCGCCGCCGUCACCAGUCCCCCCGGGAACAUGGUGUCCCUGUCCAUCUGUUCCCCCCCGGACGCGCCCAUCGGACGCUGGCGCCUGACCUUGGGUCAGGGGGGCAGGGUGGAGUUUGUGCUGCUCUAUAACCCCUGGUGCCCCGGUGGGUAAACAUUCCAUACGUCAUGCUGUCUGCGAGUGUAGUAGGACCUAUGCAUAGUUGAGUGGAAUGCCUUAAGAGUAAUUCACAGAUGCAGAGACGCAGAGACCGGACAUAGCUAUGCGGAAUGUGUUGACAGAUGGACAAAUUGCUUGAGCCGUGCUGAGAAUUUGAAAAGUAUGAAAGCCAACAGUCCAGUAUUUUAGAACAUAUAUGCGUACACAUUUUGGACUCUGGUAGGCACAUUAGAUGUCUCUGUUACAAAGACAGCCAGCAUGACCAAUGGAGAGAUGCAGGCUUACAGGGAUCACACAGUGGGGAGAACAGGAUGGAUGGAUGGAUGGAUGGUAUGGAUGGAUGGAUGGAUGGAUGGUAGUUUGGGAGAGGAUAUGAUGAUCAUACAUGGAGAAUGGGAUCGAUGGGGAUGGAUAAGUAUUUUCCAGUAUCUCUAAAUGUUUAGCCCUAUCAUGUGCUGUAUCUACAAUACAUGUUACACUUAGACAUUUUGUCACCCUAGACAUCAAAGUAAAUAGACAGCAGCUAGUCUCAUUAAAGAUGCACUCUCAAACAUUUGUAUAAUUUCAGCCAGUAGAUUUGAAAGUGGUGCUCACGAGCCAAAAGUGGUCCCCAUUUUUUGUGUACUACGUCAUCAAAUUGCUUACUACAUCAUCUACUCCAUAUUAUAUGUUACAUCCUGCAAAAAUAAAUAAAUAUAUGUUUUAUGUUUUUGCAAUUCGUAUUAUAUGUUACAAUUCCAAUUCGUACUAUAUGUUACGAAUUUGUUGUGCUUAAAAUCCUGGAGUGCCUUUAAUAGAAUCAGUUCUACCAUACAUGUAUCAUAGAAAGUUAUAUUGAAAAAAAAAUAGCAAUUUAAUAAGCCCUAUGCAUUUUUAAAUACUGUUUCCUACUGCAAGCAGAUAAUGAGCUUGUCCUUUUCUAUGGAGGACGAUACUUUAUCCCUGUAUUAUUUAUGUCUCUUGGCAACAGGCGAUGUGGUGUACAUGGACAGUGAGGAGAAACUGGCGGAGUACAUCUUGGCUCAAGAUGGUAUCAUCUACCGAGGCGGCUGGAAGUACCCCAUCCCUACACCUUGGAACUAUGGCCAGGUACCAACAGCAGCACAACUCUAUCAGCUGAUCGUUUUAGAAACAGCCUCCUUGAGGAGAGACAAACCAGAAUUUGGCGGUGGCAGUGAUAAAGGCUUUUGAAUUUGUCUGAGAAGGGAGAAAUAGCCAUUCAUCAAGAGAUGUAUGUUGAACUUAUUUCCAAUGUAACUACUGUACUGUGCACUUUUAAAGGGGAGAUCAUGCUGCCUCAUAGUAUACUGUAUAUUUAGAGAUGUAGGAUCUUAAUUUGUUCACCCUGUUGCAGGAGAACCUUCCUGUAAUUUCCACUUUUUUCUUACGAAAUAAAUUAUCAACCCCUACAAAAAUGUCCAAUAAUUAUAAUCCAACUAAUAAUUCACAUUUCCUGUUGCUGCAGGAUAAAUUCUCCUGCUGUAGGAAACUGGCUCAAAUUAAGAUCCUACAUCUGUAUGAGUUUGAUAAAGUGAGAUAAAUUAUGGUUCAGCAGAACUUGUGAUGGAUUAACUGUUGACUGGUAAAAUCCAAUUGAGGCUAUUCGCUUUCCACAUCAAGACGCUUCCAUUGGUUUCAAUCAGUGUAUAAUUGACAGAUCAUGAUAAUCCCACUGUGAGAUGGUGAGACCGAGAUUCAAUUGUUGAUACAGCUCAGUAUCUAAUUGGUGUGUGUCAUAGUUGCAUAUUGUGCAUACUGUUUAUGCAUGUGACUUUCGUUCAGCUUUACUAAACGUUUGCACAUUAUAUUUGCAGGAGGGAAUCUAAGACGAGAAGCAAACUUCUAAUCCUUUGAUCUUUAUUUGACCUUUUGCUCGCCUUUGCAUGCUUAGUUCCCUUUCGAAAAUAAAUAGCGGGUUGAUUUGACCUUGUGUGUUUUUCUCUGUGUGGUGUAGUUUGAGGAUGGGAUCCUGGAUGCCUGUCUGAGAAUCCUGGAUAUGAACCCGAAGUGCCUGCGUAACCCUGGGAAAGACGCUUCCGGGAGGAGGAACCCAAUCUAUGUGUCCAGAGUCCUCAGUGCCAUGGUGAGAUCACAUCAAUCGGUUUCCCAUUACACACUGCAGUUCAUACAGUAGAAUAGAAUAUAAAAUAUACACUUUAACAUAUAGUAGAUGUUAAAAGGCAUUGCUCAAUAUAACAACAAAGCUGAAUGUGAAAUGAAGAGCCUGACCAUUGCUGUCCAUGUCCAUCAGGUGAACUGCAAUGACGACAAGGGAGUGUUGCUGGGCAGGUGGACUGAUAACUAUGACGGCGGGGUGAGCCCUCUGUCAUGGAAGGGCAGUGUGGCGAUCCUCCGGAACUGGGACACAAAUGCAUGUCAACCUGUGCGCUUUGGCCAAUGCUGGGUGUUUGCAGCAGUGGCCUGCUCAGGUUAGACAUGAACGCAUAGAAAUUAAGACUGUGUUUUUUUACAUACUUUGUCGUUAUAUUAUGUAAGAUACAUUCUGUCCCCUUUUUGUAUUGCACAAGACACCUUUAGUAACACAUUCUAUGAAUAGGGGGGCAGGUAGCCUAGUGGUUAAGAGCGUUGGGACAGUAACCAAAAAGUUGCUGGUUUGAUCCCCGAGCCAACUAGGUGUCCUCUUGAGCAACUUUACCCAAAUUGUUCCUGUUAGUCACUCUGGAUAAGAGUGUCUGCUAAAUGACCUAACUGUAAAAUAUAUACUUGUGUAUGAUGUAUUUAUAAUGCCAUAUGUUAGACCUGUAGUAGAAUAGUUGAUGAGUAGUAUUGGCUAACUGUAUGUUAUUUAUGUGCCCUCUCAGUUUCACGAGCCCUGGGCAUCCCUUGUCGACUGGUCACCAACUACAAUUCAGCCCAUGACACCAACAGUAACCUGGUGAUAGAGCGCUACGUGGAUGAGAACGGACAACUUGUUCAGAAGUCCAGAGACAUGAUAUGGUGAGACCUCAAGAGGACUAUCAAAUUGAUGGAUUUCCACUCAAACAAAUUCAACACAGAGCUAGCAGAUGUUUUACAGUAUAUUGUCAGAAAAUACUGUUUGUCCUAGUAUAGAUAAAAUGUCUUGGGAUUAACAUUAAGUCUACAAAAGUGAAUGAUCCACUUUUUUUCUGCCACGUAUUUGCUCAUGUACAAUUUACUCAUGCUUUUUUGCCAACAAUCAGGAAAUAGUCAAGGCAUUCCGGAGGUUGGGUAUAUGAGCAAAUGUCCUUCUCUUGUACCAGACAGCAAUCUGGAAAUGGUUAAGGGGUUACUAUGGUUGUGUGUCUUUGUAGGAACUACCACUGCUGGGUCGAGAACUGGAUGACCAGACCUGACCUCAAACCCGGUUUUGACGGCUGGCAGGCCAUGGACCCCACACCACAAGAGAAGAGUGAAGGUGAGGCCUAGAUGGUAUUGAGAAUAAUCCCAACUACAAUAAUCCCAACUACAAUAACCCCAACUACAAUAAUCUCAACAAUUUCAGAAUAGCCCAUAAAAGGGCCUGACCCCAAUUCAUAUGUGUAUUGAUUCCACUGAUACCAUUCAAAUUGAGUCUUGGAGAUCUGGUGUAGAAACUACUGAAUUGCUAAUCAUCAUAUUUUACUACAAGUGAUAAAGAUAUGGCUUCAGAUACGUCAUAGAAACAUGUAAUUUUCAGUUCGCUCACAGAUUAUCCUUCUUUCAGGAGUUUACUGCUGUGGCCCUAUCCCACUGAAAGCCAUCAAGGAGGGCGAGCUCACCUAUAAAUAUGACGCCCCAUUUGUGUUCGCGGAGGUCAACGCUGACGUGCACACCUUUAUGAAGCGCAAAGAUGGCAGCACGGAGAGGAUCAUCAACUCCGUCAAUGUGGGCCUGAAGAUCAGCACUAAGAGCGUGGGCAGUGAUAAGAGAGAGGACAUCACACACCUAUACAAGUACCCUGAGGGUAGGGAGCUUCACUACGACAGAAAAUAAGGAGCCCCAACACUUACCCACCGUGAUAAAACAUUUGCAGCGUGGCAAUAGGGCCAGGCAUGGCUACCAUACUAUUGUGUAGGGUAACCAAUAGUCAGACAAGUGCUGACCAGGUUGUAGUGAAAACCAGGUUGAGAGGGGGGAUAGAAGAAGGGGAAGGAGAGGUGGGAAGCAGGGGAAGCUUGUGGUUGAUGAUAUGUGACACAACUGCCUGAAAAUGUACACAUUAGCAAACACACCACUGUAAAAUGCCACCAGGACACACCAAUGUCACAUUACACCACGAAAUGCCACCAAGACAGCAGAAAGGAAUGUCACAUUCUUUCUUACGUAUUUGUAGUAGUCUGUUCACUAUAUGUACACUCAGAUAAUGUAUGGCGCUUCAACAUAAGAAAUAUAUGGUGAAGUUCACUAUAGACUACUCUGGAAACAAGUUCUUAUUCUUCCCAAAAUGUAUCAGAAUUUGUCAGAGUUAAUUUACAGUAUAUGAAAGCAUGUAUAACCUUUGCUUUCUGUGCCCCCCAGGUUCUGACGGGGAAAGGGAGGCCUUUACAAAAGCCAACCACCAGAACAAACUACUGCAGCAGCAAGACAAUGCUGGCCUGCUUAUCGUCAUCAAGGUUUCCACGGACAUGAGAAAGGGGUGUGACUUUGACGUGUUUGCCGUGAUUACAAACAACACGCCCAAUGAGAAGAGGUGCCGUCUGGUGUUCGGCUCCAGAGCUGUGUCCUACAACGGUAUUCUGGGAGAGAACUGUGGGUUCAAAGACCUGCUCAACGUACAGUUGGCACCUGGAGAAGGUCAGUUGGCUUUGUAUAAUGGAAAGUUUUGUGUAUAUAUAUGUGAGUGUGAUAUACUGUAUUAUUAUAAUUUACACGUGGCUCAUUUAGAGUUUAAGACCGUUUAUGGAUUUAUCUUUUCAUGUUAUUUCAUUGUACUCUGCUGAGGUCGUGGUACUCUGCUAAUCGUGAAUGUGUGUCUGUGUGCAUUGAAAUCAUACUGUCCAGUGUUUUAUGUAUCUGCUUAUGUCAACAUGUGUCAACAUCUGAGAAAUUGUGUGGUGUCUCACUUUCUCUGCUUUAUGUCUCACUCCAGAAAAGCGGGUUGCUCUGAGGAUGAACUACUCCAAGUAUGCAGAGAACCUCACUGAGGACAACAUGAUCCGGCUGGCGGCUCUGCUCCUAGACUACGAUACCCAAAAGUCCUACCUCUCUGUGAGGGACGUCGUACUGGUUAACCCAGAGAUCAAAGUCAGGGUACGGCCACUACUGUCACUACUUUAACACUUUACAAAACACAACAAUAUAGUGAUUAACAUGAGUGAUGUAGUAGUUAAAAGUAAUAAGCAUAAACCAUACUUAUUGCAAGCUUGAGUGUGAUUAUCAGAGAUGGAGCGUUCUCCAUGUUUGCCUAGCCGAUGAAAUGCACUGUGUCAAAGCAUUAAGAUAUGUUCCCUGAUCUAUAGAUCCUUGGGGAGCCCAAAGAGAACCGUAAGCUGGCGGCUGAGAUCACCCUGCAGAACCCUCUCCCAGUACCACUGCAGAACUGCUGCUUCACCGUGGAGGGGUCCAAUCUCACUGGAGGACAGAUCAUCACUGAGAGGUAGGAGGGAGGGAAGACAGGGUGACAUCUAUUUCCAAACAGGACUGACUACAGAUUAAGUGCAUUUACCGCUAAAAGUAACAACAGGAGUGCUAUUGUGUAAAUAGGACCUAUUAGUAAGGUUCUAAGCAACAAUGCCAUUUUAAAGUUUGUCAGGGAUGUCUAUAAGCAUAUGUAUAAUUCAUACACAUAUAAUCAAUCAUGUUUUAGUCACCAAGUGGUGCAUGUCCAUGCUUUGGUAGAGUUGGAGGGGUUCAUGACAAGGGAAAUUUAUGUUUUGUAGCAGACUCACAAUAGUGCUUACAUGUCAAAAGCAGACUCAAAUCCUUAUUAGGGCUAAGUGGGAUACUGAAAUCCCAGCCAUUUACAAUUCAAGCACACUUUAACUAUCCAAGAGUUUUGCCAAGACCACAAUUUAAUGAAUCUUCUCAAAAAAUGUUUUGGAUUUGAAAACGAACACUUUCACAUCAAAGACUAGGAAGUUGGCUAGACGAAAGCUGACUGUUUCACCAGGUUGUGAAUGUUUGUCUGGAUUUAUUCAGUAUUUAUAAAAUCAUUUGAUUGUGAGAGUAUCGUUUUGUCAGAGUUGGUUUUCCAAGCAUUCGGAUGGUUGUGAUGAGUUGUGGGUUUGGUUGGCAUGUAACUCCUAGAUGUUUGGCUCAAUGUGGUGUUACGCAAUUGAAACGACUGCCUACAGGCAGAGAAUAUGAAUGGAUUUGAUCAUAAAGACAUUUUUGAAUGAGUUUGACGAGCUUCUACAACAGAAUUACAUAUCCUAUAAUAUAAUAUGGUUAUUUAGCAGAUGCUUUAAUCCAAAGUGAUUUCUAGUUCAGACAUAUUUCUAUGAAGAUAACUAUGGCUGAUGCAAUACAUACACAGUCCUUGCUAGUCAACUCAGAAAAAUCAUUACAAUCACACUACAGAUGUAGGAUCUACAUUUUCGCCAGUUUGCUACUUGAGGAGAAUAAUCCUGCUGCAACAGGAAAUGUGAAUUAUUAUGUGGAUUAUAAUUAAUGGAUAUUUUUUGUAGGGGAAGCCUUUAACUCAAAUACACUACAGGUUUGCAUUUCCUGCUGUGCAGGAAAAGUCUCAGCAACAAAAGAGUGAUCAAAUUAAGAUCCUAUAUCUGUAGCUAAAGACAUCCAUUUAAGACAUUUCAUUAAAAAUAAUAAACUGUCUAAACAUUUAUGCUGGGAAUGUAGUGUGAUAGUGUUAGAGUGGAUGUAGAUUGAGUAACUUCUAAAUAUUUACCCUCCUUAGACUUAACUCCACGGUGGAACCCGGGCAGGAUGCCAAGGUCAAAAUCUACUUCACGCCCACCCACUCGGGCCUGAGGAAACUGGUGGUCGACUUCGACAGCAAUAAGCUGUGUCACGUCAAGGGCUACAGGAACGUCAUCAUCGGCAAAUAG